AUGUCUAAACCAGAGUCUCCUAUAAAGUCCCGGUCCAAGUCCAGAUCCAGGUCCAGGUCUUACUCCAGGUCUCACUCCAGGAGCCGCUCUCGCUCCCGAUCCAGGAAGCGUCGCUACAGCUCCAGGUCCCGGUCUCGCUCCUACUCCCCGUCCUAUAGGAACUACCCUUCCAGAGACUACCAGAACAACCGCGGGGGGUACCACCAGAACCGCGGCUACAACCGCGGCUACCGAAGGCCCUUCCACUACCGCGGCCGUAACCGUGGUUACCACCACCGGGGAGGCUACCACCAGAACCACCGCGGCGUCGGAUACGGAUACAAGUCCAACUGGCAGGGGGGGGGCUGGCAUGACAAGGACCACAGCCCACGCAGAGGCCGGUCCAGGUCCAGGUCCAGGAAGAGGUCUGGGAGCAGGUCCAGGUCCAGGUACUCAGACCGGUCCUCCUCCAGGGGCUCCAGGAGGUCUCGCCGAUCCAGGUCCUACUCCUCAAGGUCUCGCUCCUCUUCUCACAACCGCAGCGGGAAAGGUAAACAUGUGAAAGACCACAAGAAACCAGUGGAGACUCAGGCCCCCAAACCAGAGGGCAGUGCCAUCGAGAAGGCAUCAGGCGGAAAGUGGAUCGACUAUGACGCCAGUCCUAAACCCUCCAGCCCCGAGAGAGCCCAGGCGGGUGCUAAAAAGGAGGACUCUUCCUCAGACAAGGGGCCGGGGGCAGGGGGUCCCAUGUGGAGGAGCAUAGGGUCAGUUACUCCUCCCAAACCGUCGCCCCCGGCAACAGGUCAGACCGCGGCGUUCGGAGGAUUCGGGUUCUUCUCAAAGGACGAGGACACUCCUGCCAACAAGAGCGAGAUCACUGCUGCGUUCAAGAAAUUUUUGGCAGAAAAUAAAGCCAAAAAAGAGGAUGCGGAGCUGGAGAAGGCAAAGGCCGAGCUGUACUCGUUCAGUGAGAAAGAGGACAAAGAGCAGCCGUUCUUCGACGCUGGAGAGGAGGAGUUCCUCAAGUCUCAUGUGGGUCUGGAGGACGAGGGCGGAGCUAAGACGGUCUCUGCCCGAGACCUGUUCGGGAAGUGGGGAGACGAGUACCCCUCCUCCUAUCCCAAAGACAAGGCCCGCAGGGACAUGGAGGAGCCAGAGGGGGCGCCAGAGGAGGAGCCCUAUCGCCGCAAGCACAAGAAGGAGGACAAGAAGAAGAAAGAGAAGAAAGACAAGUCCCGCAGGAGUCCGUCCCCACGAGAGAAAGAGCGCCCCCUGUUCCCUGGAGCUUUCCCUACACGCACUGAGUCUCCCACUCGACUGGCCGCAUCCAGGGAUGAGUUCGAACAGAAGGUCACCGCCAUGGGGCUGGACGAGAUCAACAGUCAGUCUGUCGCUAAAGAACCUUCUGGUUCCAGGGACCCGAGUCUGUCAAAGAAAGACGCAGAGUUUCGCUCCAUAUUCCAGCACAUCCAGUGGAACCGCCGCAGCCCGUCUGAGCUGUUCGCCCAGCACCUGGUCUCCAUCGUGCACUACAUCAAAGCUCUACACUUCCCCUCUGCUGACAUCAGUCUGAGUGACAGGUUUGCUACAUACCAAAAGAAAGCAGAGGAGGCAGAACUGAUGAAGACCCGCAAGAGUCCAGAGAUUCACAGGAGGAUAGAUGUGUCGCCCAGUGCCUUUAAGAGGCACAGCAGUCUGUUUGAGGAGGACGAGGGUGGAUCGAAGGAUUCAGGUAAAAAGUUUAAAGGUGACGUGAUGGACCUGCGUCUGGACAUAGAACGCAGGAAGAGACUGUCCGGGAAAGGAGGAGACAGCCGAGAGAGGUCCUCCGAGAAGACCGGCAAGCACCACAAGAAGUCCAAAAAAGCAAAGAAGAAGCGAGACCGGUCUCCCUCGUCCUCCUCCUCCUCCUCCUCCCCCUCCCCCUAUCCCCCCCCCUACAGAGGGAAGGAGUACGAGGGCCCCAUGGAGCACCAGGACGAGGGCUAUCACCAGAGAUACCCCCCCCACAACUACGGCCCCGGAGACAACAGAGGGCCCCGGGACUUCGAGGGCCACGGCAUGGAGAGGGGCCGCGGCAGAGGAUUUUUCCCCAGAGUGCGUGGUCGUGGAUGGAACAGGGGGAACUUUCAGGGGAACAGCAGUAAUGGGAACCCCCCCAACAUGAACCCUCAGCAGCGCCCCCCAGAGGAGGAGUGGGACCCGGAGUACACCCCCAAGAGCCGCAAGUACUACCUGCACGAUGACCGUGACGGGGAAAAGUCGUGGGCGGAGAACCGCGGUCGAGGACGCGGCGCUUUCCCAAACCGCAGGGGACGCUUCGUUUACCGCAAGGGGGGGGGCGGGGCCAGCCCCAAGUGGACCCACGACAUGUACCAGGGGGGGGAGGAGGGGGAGAUCCACGACGAGGGGGGGGAGGAGAAGGGCCAGGGCGACACCAAGGCCUGA